GACGCUUCAAAUCACGUGACCCCUUCAUCCUUGUCAGCUGACGCUUGGCGGAACUGUAGUUUAGUAAUAUAAAUAAAGUAGUGGAUAGUUUAGUUUAGUAGUUCCAAAUUUAGUCUUAAAUAUUUCCUUUGAUAAAUCGCUCUUAAGAUCGCAGUCAGCGCCUUACAAACAUCAGCCAUGGCGCUCAGCGAUGCCGCCGUACAGAAACAGAUCAAACACAUGAUGGCCUUUAUUGAGCAGGAAGCCAAUGAGAAGGCAGAAGAAAUAGAUGCAAAGGCAGAAGAAGAGUUUAAUAUCGAAAAAGGACGACUGGUACAGACUCAGAGGUUGAAGAUAAUGGAGUACUAUGAGAAGAAAGAGAAACAGAUUGAACAACAGAAGAAAAUCCAAAUGUCAAAUUUGUUGAACCAGGCCAGACUGAAGGUACUCAAAGCCCGUGAUGACAUGAUUAAGGAUCUCCUUAAUGAAGCACGACAACGGAUGGCCAACAUUGCCAAAAACCCAAAUGAGUACCCAACACUGCUGGAGGGGCUGGUGUUACAGGGAUUUUAUCAGCUGUUGGAGCCCAAGGUUAUAGUUCGGUGCAGAAAAGAAGAUGUAGCGAUGGUGCAGGCUGCUGUUAAGAAAAACAUCCCCAUCUACAAAGAGACAGUAAAGAGUAAUAUUGAAGUGCGCAUCGACGAAAACAAAUUCCUGCCCUCUGACAUCUCAGGAGGUGUUGAAGUCUAUAACGCCGAUGGCAAAAUCAAGGUAUCCAACACACUUGAGAGCAGACUGGACCUUCUAGCGCAACAGAUGAUGCCUGAGAUCAGAGUGCAACUGUUUGGUGCCAACCAAAACCGCAAGUUUAUGGACUAAUGGUUUGUUACUAAAUGUGCUUUAGUGGUUGUUUGGAGAACGGUGAAAUUCAAGAGCCCUGAUAAAGUGACAACAAGGUUUGGUGGAAGUUUUAAAAAAAAUAUAUAUUUUUUUAAGGUCACUGUGGAUUUUCUGAAGUUUCUGUUGCAAUUCAGGAAAUUCAACUGAUCAUGUUUCAGCAAUAAUUGAAAAAAACCAAAAACAAGCCAAAGAAAGUGGUUUAAAAUGAAAGGCUUAUCAUGUGUGCUUAUGUUACCUUAUACCUCUCCUUUGAGUGUUUAUUUAGUUAGAAAAUCAUGUCAUCUGUAAUGAAAGUGGACGCCUGAUAUCUUAUCUCAGCCUGUUUGAACAAAGCUUUAAGCACUCAGGAAUUUACAUUAUUUUUGCUUUGAAUGUCGUUAGCUAAGCCAGCAGCCUAUCAGGUUUUCCCUGGAAAAGGGAAACCCUCAUUUGAUGUCUUAAAAAAUAUAUGGAUACCUCUGUGCUUGUGUUUUCAUUUGUUGUACAACUGCAUUAUACUACAGAGAAAUAAAUCAAAUAUAUUUUA